AUGAAGAACAGCCAGUUUCAGGUCACUAAUGAAGGAGCAAUGAAGAGUGCUUCUUUAAAGGAUUUGUGUCUUGAGGACAAGAGACGCAUUGCAAAUUUAAUUAAAGAACUUGCCAGGAUACGUGAAGAAAAGGAGAUGACACAAAAACGUCUGGAAACUCUACAGGAGUCAUUUGAAAAGAGGAUCAUAGAGCUAGAAGAACAGAAUAAAGUUAUCAUCAAGGAAGGGGAAGAUAUCCUUUAAAAAUAUAUGCAGGGGCUCACUGUCUGAAGUAAAAAGUGAACUACAGAGAAAUAAUUGUUCUAAUUUAUGGCAGAGAAUAAAUCUGCAUGUGCUGCCAUUCAAAAACAAUCAGAGAGAUGACUUGUCAGCAUGUGACACUGGUUCAUUUGAGCUUAAAACUGCCAUCCAGCUGUUCCUGUGAUGUUGUUUUGCUUUGAAAUAGUUAUUUGUCAACUAAAAAUGACAAUAAGGAAUUUGUGUGUUAAAAUAUAGUUGUAGAUUUAUUUUUCUUAAUCCUGUUAGGUUGCUGUAAUUGAGGUCUAAAACUUGCAUGUUAUUUCAGUGUUCCAUAUUCAUUCAGAGAAAGACAACUUAUACUGAAGGCAUUUAAACCGUAUAUAUGUACUAGGAGGUUUAGCUAGUUCAGACUUUUUUUGGUGUAGCUUUUGUUUGUUUGCUUGUUUUUUAUAUAUAAAAGCUGAUUCUCUUUUCUUGCAGGCUGUAACUUCCAUUUUUGUUAAGCUGCAUAUAUUUAGUUCCAGUCCUGGAAUAUCACAUGCAAAGUCAAUGUUGCAGGAAUUAAAUUUUUCCUUCAGUGUGGUGUGGCAGACCUUUACAAAAUCCUCUUGUUCAUUUCUUUUCCAAAUCUUUGAUAUAGGUGCUUUCUUGCUUAAUCCUUCAGAAGGCUAAUGGUUGACUAUAGUGGGAUAUGGGAGCAACAGUGCUGCAACUACAGCAAAAGCAAAUAGUAUGUGAUUCGUCAGGAGCUGUAUUUCAAGUAGGGAGAAUAUUAAUGCUGUUUCAAAAAGCACUGAUGGAACCUAGCUUACAAUACUGUUUUCAGUCCUGAGUUAUCCCUUGUUCAAGUAAAAUGCGAAGUUAGUGACAGAUGUUCUGGAGAAAGGCUACUUAAGAUGAUAGGGGAGGUAGAGAACCUAUUUUCUGAGAAGGGACUAAAGUGUGUGUGUGUGUGUGUGUGUAUAGUGAUUGGCCAUAUAGAAGUAGGUUAAGAUAGUGGUAAGGUGAAUAGGGGGAGAGACGAUGCGAUGCUGAGACAAAAAGGGACUCUUCAAGCUGUAGGCCAGUGUUGGAACAGAAAUAAAGGGAGUUAAACAGUCCACAAACUUUAAUAUGAAGCUAGAGGACGUUUCUUGAAAAUUAGAGCAAUCAUAUUUCACAGUUUAGUGCACUGGAAGGCUUAACAAAAAAGGAGCUUUUUUAUGAUGGAGCUUGGUAGGCUUAUGAAAGGAAUUCAGUGAUAUGUUGUCUCUGUCAGCAGGGGAUUGCCCUUGAUGACCCAGGUCUCUUGUAGCACAGGGGUACUUACAUUAUUAGAAGGAAUUUGGUCUGUGUGUCCUAAAUAAUAUACACAUCAACAAGCUUAGCUGAGCAUGGAACAGUUCCUGGAAAGUACUAAAUCUGAUGUAUUUAGGAGCCAUCAGAUGUGACUACAACUCUUUUACAUUAAUUUCACUGAAGCCAGUAUUUUGUUGUAUAUUAUGUCUUGUGUAUUCAAUCAGCUCAUGAAUGUGGGUGGGAUGUAUGUUCCUGAUUAAUAUUUUUUAAUUUAUGCACAUAAAGCUUUCACUAAUUCAUCUGAGGUUUAUUUGGCUACUGGGAAGUAGGCAUGCUUGCUUGGGUUUUGUUUUGUUUUUUUCCUUUACUAGAAAUAGAUUGCACAAGCAUGAAUACUUUUUCAUAAGUCUGGUAGACAUGGCAGAAGGUUAAUGCAUGCAAUUUUACACUUCAUAAAACUCUAAAAUCUAGAAAUCUAAACCAAGGUUAUAAUUUAAAACAAUAUAACUUUAACCACUGCAAUACUUGCUUAUCAUAUAUGAAUGAUUCAAGAUCCUCGAUGUAUCUCUGACCAGUUAAUUUUUAAUCUUAAAGCUUGUUGCAGUGAAAAGAAAUGGUAGAAAUAAUUUGCCAAAUUUGAAUACAGAUCCUGGAGUGUAGCAGCUUGAAAUUCUUCAAGUUUUCUGAAAUACAGAGUUCACUUGCAAAUAAAAUAUCAGGGGUAUAAUGCCAUCACAAAAA